AUGGCUAAAGCGACGAAGAAGAAGAAGGAGAAGAAGGCAGACUUCACUAAAGCCAAGCUCAAACUCGGCAAAGGUCCUCUCAAAUCUGCCAAUGCCACCUCGACCGCAUUCACAGCUCGAGCAAUUAAUGUCAGCCAUCAAAGUCUUGGAUCCAGUGCCAAGGAAGGCGAAGCGACGACGAACAAGCGACGACAAACGCUCGCCGACUUGCUCGCCAGUCUGACCCACCACAACGCCUCCACACGGAAAGAUGCGCUGCUCGGGCUGCAAGAGCUCUUCACGCUCCAUCCGCAUCUUGCUCAGAGCUCCCUGGGUCCUGUCAUUUCAGCUACGAUACGCCUGGGCGACGAUACAGACUUUCAAGUCCGCAGAGCACUGCAGAGCUUCUACCGCUUCCAUCUGGCCAGAAUAGAUAGGACUUACUUGUCACCCUAUCAUUCCAUGCUGAAUCUUCAUUUAUCAUCGGUUCUGUCAAAUAUUUUUCCAGAGAUAAGACUGGAUGGCAUCAGACUUGUUGAUAUCAUGCUCGAACACACGCCCGAUAUGAUCACAGCCGGCUGGGCAAAGGAUGGGCGAGUCGCUGUAGCCUCUGACGCACAGAAUGACGGCCUUGCUGCCGCACAAGGGCAGCGAUACGUCGACGCGUAUCUCUCUCUACUACAAAUCUCGGCUUCAUCCUCCAUGACGAUGGGCGUCAGUGGAUCUGGCAUGGCCCUCUCUCUGUCGCCCGCCUCCAAGCUCGUCGUCUUCAAAGGCCUAGCUACCUUUCUCGACUGCGCUUUACAUCCGAGAACCUCUCGGGACGAGGCUGCAGUCAAGCGAAUACCAUCAUGGUACCUCGCCCGUGCCUUCUCUUCGCCACGCGCCUUUGCUGCUUUCGAGCGAUCCCUGGCGCGGGCGAAAGUAGUGCCAAGGUCAUACGAUUUGCUUGCGAGCCAAGCUACUGCUGCCGCUCAAGACUUGUUCGGCAUAGACGCAGAGAUACUUGCAUUGACGGAAGCGGGCAUAGCAAGACAGCAAUCCGAGCCCGCCCAGCUCAUUGCUAGUCUGCAGCCUACGCUCGUUUCUGCCUACCUUGACUAUGCGCCCACGGCCUUCAUGCAAGCACCCGGUCCUGUCGCGCCGUUGAUGGCUGCAGAGAUGAUACAUGCACUCGCGAAGAUAGCGAGGGAUCUGUACAGGAGUGCUUUGGUCCGACUGACCGAUCCUGCUACAUUCGACGCCGAGCGAGACAGCAAGGACGUUGCAAGGCUACGAUCCGGCCUGAUAGAGAUGCUACAGCGCAUGUCUGGGCAUCUUCCCAUACCUGACGAAGCAAGUCGAUCUGCGCACGAUGGCAGUAAGAUAAGACAGUUUUGCCAGGAUACCAAUCUCGCCUACUGCGAGCUCGUCUCGCUUGCUUCCCUCGCUUUACCUUCCGAGGUCGCAACUCACAAAACAAGCAAGGCGAUGAACAGUCUCGCUGUCAUGCAACAGAGUGUAAGAGACUACCUGCUCACUGCACUGCAAGAAGCCGACAUUCUGGGCGGCGAUACCCCUAAGCUGACGAGCGACAGUCUUCUGGCUAUCCUGCCCAUCAUCUGGACAAUCCUCGAUGCUCCUACGACGCCCGAAGUAGACCGACAACUGAUCUUCCGUGCUUUGCUCGAUCGCUUUGCCCGGGCCAAAGCUACGACCGAAGAGUCCUCUUACCUGUUCCAAUUCAUCAGCAUGCUCUGUAGAACCAGCCUGUGGCCUUCAUACCGAGGUCGAUUCGACGUGCAAUCGGAAGAACUACAACCUGAUUUGCACAAAUGGCUGUGCACAUUGCCACGCUUCAUCUUUCAGCUCGGGCCAUCUCGCAAGAACGCUACGGAGUGCGUUGCUGCCUUCUUGCGUGAUAUUGCUGCGACGCAAGACUGCCGACCGUUCGGGAGAGCAGCGAUGGCAGAGAUGUCUGCGAGUCUGCAUCCGCUUUUCAAUGGACAGCACCCCAAACGUGGCGCAGUGCCAGGCGUAUUCGUGCAGGCCACCCCACAGACGCAACAGCACGCCUUUGGCGCUGUCAAUUUCAUCCUCACUGACGGCCUGCUCAACGCAGAGCAAUCCAGCAUCCUUCAGUCUGCAGUUAUGACAGCAAGAGAUCUCGUUGAUGAGCUGUAA